AGAGGACGAGAGUAACUUCCUACCUCAUUACUGUGUGUGUGUGUGUGUGUGUGUCAGCUGUACGUAUGUUGACAUGAUUUCUUUCUGAAUUUAGUGUGAACUCGGAGAGAAACCUUGGAUGCAUGUUUACUCAUUUGUACAGCUUGUGUGUGUGUGUGAUCAAGGUUUUGUGCCAGGUGUGUGUGUGUGUGUGUGUGUUUUUGAGAUGGUGUAGAUGGUUUUAGUGUUGCCGGGAUGUUUCUCCGAGCAGGUUAAUUGAUUUUAGGUUGAAACGCAUUCAGCAGCGACCAUGUUGACCCACAUCAGAGCCCGUAGCAGGAGUUUGUUCCCCGGCUACAAGCCCGGCAGCCGGACUCAAGCAACCAACGAUCCGGCCGACUAUCUGGACUUUACCAACACCUUUGUUAAGCCAUGGAGCUCCAUGCAGGAACUUGGCAGAGACAUCUAUGAUAUUUAUGCUGAUUAUGAAACUGAGGAGGAGGAAGAUCGACUCCCGGUGUCUUCCUCCCGCCUGCUGCUCUCUCCAACCAAACACUUCACUUUCAACAUCAACGUUGGAGGAACGAUGUACCACUUGCCCUACAGAUUAGCUGCCAGGUAUCCGAAGACACGACUCGGCCAAAUGGCCACGUUCACAGACCACAGCAGGAAGUUGGACCUGUGUGACGACUACAUCGUCCAGAGCAAGGAGUUCUUUUUCGACAGGGACCCUCAAAUCUUCCACAUCAUCUUCAACUUCUACAGAACUGGAGUGUUGUGCAUUAAAGACGAGCUGUGUCCCCGAAACUUUCUGGAGGAGAUAAACUACUGGGGCGUCAGAAUCAAGAACAGCCAACGCUGCUGCCGCAUCUCCUUUGAAGAGAAGCAGGACGAGCUGAAUGAGCAACUGAAAAUACAGAGACAGCUGAUAGCGGAGCUGGAGAUGGAGGAGAACGAGGUUUUAUUUGACGGCUUGGCCUUCGGGCCGACCCGAAAGAGUAUCUGGAACCUGAUGGAGAAGCCGUUCUCCUCGGUCACCGCCAAGCUGAUGGGCAUCGCCUCCUCCCUUUUCGUGCUGGUCUCGCUGGUCACCAUGACGCUCAACACGGUGGAGGAGAUGCAGUACAAGACGGCGUCGGGCCAGCUCAGCGGCAGAUUCUAUGGCGAGCACGUGGAGACGUUCUGCAUCACCUUCUUCACGCUGGAGUACCUGCUGCGCCUGGUGUCCACCCCCGACCUUAAGUGUUUUGGACGCAGCAUGCUGAACACCGUCGACCUGAUCGCCAUCCUGCCGCACUACCUGCAGAUGGCCCUGGAGUGCUUCGAGGACGAGGACAUACACCCGCACUCAGGGGACAUCAAGGCCGUGGCACGGGUCGGAAAGGUGGGUCAGGUUCUGAGGAUCAUGCGUCUGAUGCGAAUCUUCAGGAUCUUGAAGCUGGCUCGUCACUCAACAGGACUCAGAGCCUUCGGCUUCACACUGAGACAGUGCUACCAGCAGGUGGGCUGCUUGCUGCUCUUCAUCGGCAUGGGCAUCUUCAUGUUUUCAGCCAUGGUGUACACGGUGGAGCACGACGUUCACAACACCAACUUCACCUCCAUGCCGCAAGCAUGGUGGUGGGCUGCUGUGAGUAUUUCCACGGUGGGCUACGGCGACAUGUUGCCUGAGACCCACCUGGGCCGUAUCUUCGCCUUCGCCUGCAUCUCGUUCGGGGUCAUCAUCAACGGCAUGCCCAUCUCCAUCCUCUACAACAAGUUCUCCGACUAUUACACUAAACUCAAGUCCCACGAGUACGCCGCCGUCUCUAAGGCCCGCGGGAAGCUGCACUUCGCCAGGAGGGCGGCGAAGAGGUUCGCCGAGUGCUGCGAGGACGUCGUUCAGCCGAGGUUUUAGAUGUUCUAGUCUCUACGGUAACAUUUGUCUGGAAGGCAGGAGUGACAGUCAGGAAUGAACCAUAGACUGUAUACAACACGUGGGCGGAGUCACUGUUACAUCAUCUAAUGGUUUUGGACGUAGAAGUGGCACGAGAGGGUGGAGUACAACCGGAUGCUGAACGAGACAUUUUUAGUCGACUAAAAUGUUACAAUUAACUUUCAUGAAGUUAAAACUCAGUGUGAAAGGGUUACAGUGCUGAGAGAACACCAUGGUAACUACCUGUCAAUCACAAGGCAGCCACGCCCUUAAGCAUAGACUGCUUUAUUGUCUAUUUUUACUGGAAAUGGGACCAUAUUGUACAACAUGUCCCAGUGUCAUGCUGUCCUGUGGCAGAAUUACACUGCAGGAGUCAUGGCGGUUGGAACCAAUAACCUGUUGUGAAAUCUCCAACUGCCUGAGUUCAAAAUGUUGCUCCAAGAACUGUAUUGUUCCUGAAGGGACAUUUAGUUACUGUAUGCAUCCAUCCAUCCUCCAUACCUGUGUAUUCCUGUUCCCAGCAUGCAUUGGGAGAAAGGUAAUGAAACACCUUCUGAAUUGGAGUAUAUUGAAAAAACUGGUAAAUCUUUUAUUCGCCAAAAUGCUUUAUAGUUAUCCAUAUACUGUACAUCUAUGCUAAAGCUGUCUGUACCACCCACAUGUAAUCCAGGAGUGAAUAGCAACAGGACUGAAAUGAAUCAUAAAUUGAAGAGCUGACAUCUGGACGGUAAAUAUUAGACCUGUUUGUUCCCUGUGCACCUCUCUAAUAAUAAACCUGUCUCUAUGUUGUGAUCAUAAAGCUGUGCAGCUGUGUGUAAGCAGUCGUCACUCCUGAAUCCCCAACAAUCAACUACAUUAGUGUCACUGGAUCAGUAUGUUGUUACUUCCUGGUUAAAAUCUUACUGAAAGACAGCGAAAACUGAUCAGCGUUUGGCAGCUACAGAGCUAAUACACUUAGUUGCAUUAGCAGAUGGAUACCAAACGUUGAUCAGUGAGACCUUUGUUUAGAGCCAGGCUAGG